AUGGCCUCAGUUACAUCAGCUACCGUCGGAAUUCCUUCUUUCACCGGCCUUAAGCUCGCCGUCAAGUCCAAACCCCCGAUGGUUUCCACUACCAUCAGGUCAUCCGCCGCCGCACCGAUGCCUAAGCUUGCCGUGAAGUCUUCUCUUAAAGAUUUCGGCGUCAUUGCUGUGGCAACGGCAGCUUCCAUCGUUUUGGCAGGGAAUGCGAUGGCCAUAGAGGUUCUUCUUGGAUCAGACGACGGUGGUCUGGCUUUCGUACCAAAGGAGUUCACGGUGGCUAAAGGAGAGAAGAUCGUGUUCAAGAACAACGCAGGGUUCCCACACAACGUGGUGUUUGAUGAAGACGAGAUCCCGAGUGGUGUGGACGCGAGCAAGAUCUCGAUGGACGAGCAAGCACUUCUAAAUGGUCCUGGAGAGACUUACGAGGUUACUUUGACAGAGCCUGGCUCUUACAGUUUCUAUUGUGUGCCGCACCAAGGAGCUGGUAUGGUCGGAAAAGUCACCGUCAACUAA